UGAAACAUCGGAGUAAGCAGAUUUCCUGAUAAUGAAAGACUAUUUCCCAUCUUCUUAGCUUAUAAAAUGACAGGAUGUUGACCUGAACUGCUGUUAUUUCUAAGCUGACUUGUGCUUACAGUAACGGUGUGCAUUGCAGGCCUGUUUCCGGGACUCUUGAUACCCAUAUCCCGUUAAUCAAGGGCGGUGGACCGUAGACGUCAUGAGCCGACGUUUACACCAACUCGAAACCUAAAUAUCUUACGAAAACCGGUAGCCUCUCCCUGAAACAGUAAAAGUCACAAGGGAUGAAAGAAAAGGAAACGAAACCUGUCAACGAUUACAGCGGAUGGUUUUCCGGAGAAGUAAGAAAGAAAACGAAAUCUAACAUCAUUUCGUGUUUUUAAACGCAUCUCAGCUAAGUACGCAGAAAAAGCGAAGUCCAGACUGUAGCUGCAUCCUGCACAGUGCAAGUACUUAGCAGGGGAAUUCAUUCAACGUUACAGUAGCCAAUAAAUCCCCACCAUGAACUCUCUGAACCAGCAGUAUGAACAGAAGGUGCGUCCCUGCAUCGACCUCAUCGACUCUCUCCGCUCUCUGGGUGUAGAGAAGGACUUGGCUCUGCCUGCUAUCGCCGUGAUUGGAGACCAAAGCUCGGGGAAGAGCUCCGUGUUGGAGGCGCUCUCUGGGGUGGCUCUACCUCGAGGGAGCGGCAUUGUGACACGAUGUCCUCUGGAGCUGAAGAUGAAGAAAAACAGAGAUGGAGAAAAGUGGCAUGGAGUGAUCAGCUAUCGGGACUUUGUUGAAGACAUUUAUGAUCCUGCAGAUGUGGAGAAAAAGAUCAGAGAAGCUCAGGAUAAAAUGGCCGGAGUAGGGGUGGGGAUCAGUGAAGAUCUCAUCAGUCUGGAAAUUGCCUCUCCUGAUGUCCCAGACCUGACGCUCAUUGAUCUGCCUGGCAUCGCCAGGGUGGCUGUAAAGGGACAGCCAGAGAACAUUGGAGAACAGAUCAAGAGGCUGAUCCAGAAGUUUAUCAAAAAACAAGAAACCAUCAGCUUGGUGGUUGUUCCAUGCAACGUGGACAUAGCAACCACAGAGGCCCUGAAGAUGGCUCAGGAGGUGGAUCCUGAUGGAGAGAGGACUCUGGGUAUCUUGACCAAACCUGAUCUGGUGGACAAAGGCACAGAAGGGAUGGUGGUGGACAUCGUCCAUAAUGAUGUGAUCCACCUGAAGAAAGGAUAUAUGAUCGUCAGGUGCAGGGGUCAGAAGGAAAUCACAGACAAGGUGUCUCUGACUGAAGCCAUAGAAAAUGAGAAAAUCUUCUUUGAAGAGCAUCCUCAUUUCCAGGUUCUUUACAAAGAAGGACAUGCCACUGUUCCCAAACUGGCUGAAAAACUCACCCUUGAGCUGGUGCAUCAUAUCCAGAAAUCUCUGCCCCGACUGGAAGAGCAAAUAGAGAAUAAACUGAGAAAGACUCAGGCGGAGCUGGACAGAAUUGGCAGUGGACCCCCAUCUGAUGUGAACGAGAGACUCAGCUUCCUUAUUGAUAGAGUGACAGCUUUCACUCAGGAUGCUAUCAGCCUGACUGCAGGGGAGGAACUGAGAGGAGGAUCCAGGAUCAACAUCUUUUCUACUCUCAGAAAAGAGUUUACAGCAUGGAAAGAGCUGAUAGACCGUUCAGGAGUGAACUUCAACUGGAACAUUGAGAAAGAGGUCACUCAGUAUGAAGGAAAGUACAGAGGAAGAGAACUGCCGGGCUUCAUCAACUAUAAGACCUUUGAGGACAUGGUCAAAGAGCAGAUCAAAUAUCUGGAGGAGCCUGCAGUCCAGAAACUCAAAGAAGUGUCAGAAAUAGUGAAGACAGAGCUGCAUAAGGUGGCACAGAACAGCCUGGUUGGAUUUCCUAGCCUCAUCAAUAUGGCCAAGAUAAAGAUUGAAUCCAUCAGGAAGGAGAAGGAGGCUUUAGCUGAGUCCAUGCUGAGGACUCAGUUUAAGAUGGAGUCGAUCGUGUACACUCAGGACACCACAUACAGCAAGAAGCUCGGGAAGAGGAAGAGGGAGGAAGAGCAGGCCAACGCGUCUCCUCUAAGUGUUUUAAAAAGCACAGUUGGAAGUGGAGCCACUCUGAAAGAGAUGAUCAAACACCUUAAAUCCUACUAUCAAAUUGCAGGCCAGCGUCUGGCUGACCAGAUCCCCCUGGUGAUUCGCUACCAGAUGCUGCAGCAGACUGCCAUUCAGCUGCAGAGGGAGAUGCUGCAGAUGCUUCAGGACAGGGAGAAAACUGAGUUCUUGCUUCAAGAAGAUGCAAGAACAAAGUUUGAGCGAGUCCAGCUUCAGAAUCGACACAAGCGCCUCACAAAAGCCCGUAUCCUGUUGACCAAUUUCAGCAUGAACAUAUACAACUUCAGCAAAAGGCCAGAGAUACAAGAGGAGGGUGUCAUGAAUUGUGGCCCUGUUGGUGAGCUGACCCCUCACCUGCAGACAGGAUCUGGGAAGACAGGGGUUGGCUCCUUCAAAUUUAAAAAGUCUGGAAGACAUAGGGACCAUAAUUCUGUUCCAUUGGCCAACUACUAGUAAGUCUACAAACAGUUAAUUCAGCGUUCCUCCCCCUUCUUCUCACAUCCCACUCUUUUCUAAGUUUAAAAAUAAUCACCAUUUCUCAGCUUAAGUGUUUACAUCAUUGAGAAUGAACGUCAAUUUUGUUACGUCUGCUGAUGAGUGGCCAACAGCAUCAAUAUUGAUGCUGUUACACUCUAGAUUUAAAAAAAAAAAAGAAAGAAAAGAAAGAGACUCAUCUUAUUUGUGAUCUAAAAUGUCUUCGUAGUCAGGGUAUAGUUUCUUCACAUUUUGUAUCCAUGCCUGAUUUUUUUGUGGGGACUUUUCUUUACUUCAUUUCCAGAUCUGAAUCUUUAUUUUAUUUUAUUUUACCCUUGAUUGCAGAACAUAUGUUUAUUUUUAUGACAAUUUCUUUAGAGGGCUUUUGAGCAAAUACUGUAUUUAACAACAAGUGACCAGCAGCUACAGGCCGAUAAGCAUUCUUCCUGCCAUCUCUAAAGCGGCUGAAAAAAGUUGCCGCUGAACAGUUAAUUGCGCACCUGAACAAGGUAAAUUUACUACACCCAAGGCAGUUCGACUUUAGAGCACAGCAUUCAACAGAAACUGCCUCCUGCUA